AUGAAGAAGAAGACGACGACGAUAACAUCGACGAGGGAGCUUUUAUCCAGUGCAAUUCACGCAAGAGCAGACUCAGUUUUACGGUGGGCCUGGUCCACGGUGAGGAGGCGUACACCCGAGGUUUUGGGUUUUGGCGUGGCUGUUGCUAAAGAACGCCGUCCCUUCCGAGUCCCCCGAUUUCUCACAAACGCCAUGUAUAUCGUACACUCCUGCGCCUCUGUUCAACUUCCAGGCCCUCGGUUCUUCACGGUUUCGCGCCAAAGCAACUGCUUCGCGCCAUUUUCGGUUUCGGUUGGGAGCUGUGCUGGGGCGAAGACAUCUCCGUGCAUUGUAAAAGCAAGUCGAAGGGAACGGCUUAAUACCCAGAGUUUGAAUACGGAAAUUGAAGAAGCCGCUGAUGAAGGUGUAGGCGAGGAUGGAGAUGAAGACGAUGAAUUUGCCUCGGAGCGGGUUCAGGGGAGAGAGGAGGAAAUGGAUUAUGAUAGAAACCCUGAAUUUGCUGAAAUUCUUGGGAGUUGUCUGGACGACCCGCAAAAGGCGCGGUCUAAAAUGGAGGAGAGGUUGAGGAGAAAAAGGAACAAAAUAUUGCAUACAAAAACUGGUUCAGCACUGCCCAUGAAGGUGACAUUCAACAAAUUUGAUUUCUCGAACACAUAUAUAUGGUUUGAAUUCUACAAUACCCCAUUGGCAAAAGAUAUUUCCUUAAUUUGCGAUGCUUUACGAUCGUGGCACAUUGUUGGACGCCUUGGUGGAUGCAAUUCCUUGAAUAUGCAGUUGUCACAAUCUCCUUUCGAUAAAAGACCAAGCUAUGAUGCUAUUCAGGGAGCCAAUGUGAACCCAACCACAUUUUAUAACAUUGGGGAUCUUGAGAUCCAAGACAAUUUAGCACGAAUAUGGGUGGAUAUUGGGACUAGUGAGCCAUUGCUUCUGGAUAUUUUGAUAAAUGCAUUGACACAGAUCAGCACUGACUAUGUGGGAAUCAAGCAAUUGGUGUUUGGUGGAGAUGAAUUUGAGAACUGGAAGGAGAACUUGACAUCUGAAGAUGCAGGUUGCAGUGUUCACAAGAUUUAGUGAACUUGCUCCACAGUCAACGAUAUUCUCUGAUAGUGCAUUUCUCUUUGCUUUCUUUGCCCAAUAACCAUAUACCAAUAGAGGGAUGAGAACUGAGGAAAAACAAUCAGUAUUACAAGCAGAUUUUGAAUUAGCUAAACAAUCAACUGUGUGCAAAUUUUGUGACUGGCUUAAUCGAUGCAGGCUUAGCCACUUGCAACCGUAUGGCCAAGAGUAAGGAUGUAGACUUUAGACUAGUUGUUAAGAGGAUUUGCUAGAGGCUAUUCAUUUUGGUAAUGAAACAAUUUUCUUUGUUAAA